AUGGCCAAGAGAGGAUUGAUCGCAUUGGAUUCGAGGGAAGAAUCUGAAGAAGGGAGAAACUAUUACGAGUUUUAUGACGAGGUGGGGCAUGAAAUCCAAGAUUGCGUGGAGUUCAAAGCCUUAGUACAGAACAUGAUGAACAAUAAGGAAAUCGAGUUUUAUGAAGAAGCUAAAAAUCCCGUAGAGGGAGAUAUAUGCGCAUCGGAGGGAGAAUCAAAGGCGCAGAAUCAAACAGCUAACUACCCCGUGAUUAUCAUAUCGAGACCCAAAAAUAGUGAAGCUGGAAUACAAAUGCCACCAAAGGUCAUAAUCCAAAGACUUGCUGUCUUCCCCUACAAAGACAGCAAAAAGGUCCCAUGGAAUUAUGAUUGCAGCGUGACAAUUCGGGGGAAGGAAAGCCGGGUGAACGCUUCAAAAGAGGGUCAAGAUAGGGGCUCCUAUACACGUAGCGGGAGACGUUACGAUAUAUCAAAUGAAGAGGUACGACCCGUAAAAGGAAAAGCCCUAGUGGUCAAGAAGAUAAAAGAAAAAACAACCAAACCUGUUAACGAGCCAGUUAACGAAGAGGAGGCCAAGGAAUUUUUAAAAUUCCUAAGGCAUAGCGAAUACAGUAUGGUGGAACAGCUACGUAAACAACCGGCUCGUAUCUCGGUGCUGGCCCUACUUCUAAGCUCGGAAGUUCAUCGCAGCGCGCUAAUGAAGGUCUUGAAUGAAACAUAUGUUGCCAAUGAUAUCUCUGUUAACAAGUUGGACCGUUUGGUUAGCAACAUCAAUGCCGACAACUAUAUUUUCUUCAAUGACGAUGAGAUACCACCCGGGGGCAUGGGGUCGACUAAAGCUUUGCAUAUCACCACGCGCUGUAAAGGAUAUACGCUGCCAAGUGUACUGAUUGACAAUGGACCGGCUUUAAACAUCCUACCAUUGACCACUCUAAACAGGUUACCUAUAGACAGCUUUCACAUGAAGAAGUGCCAGAACAUCGUGAAGGCAUUCGAUGGCACAGAGAGGAAAGUGAUGGGCAGAAUCGAAGUACCUCUUCAGAUCGGGCCAAACACAUAUGAGGUGGAUUUCCUCGUGAUGGAUAUCAAGUCCUCAUAUAAUUUCUUAUUAGGGAGGCCCUGGAUACAUUCAGCUGGGGCAGUGCCUUCCUCGUUGCAUCAAAAAUUGAAGCUGGUAUCGGAGGGGAGGUUGAUAACGAUUAAGGCUGAAGAGGAUAUUAUUGCAACUGUGAGCAAUAAUGCGCCCUAUUUGGAGACAGAUGACGAGGCAAUCGAAUGUUCAUUUCGAUCUUUGGAAUUUGUUAAUGCAACCUUCAUUGCCGAGGGAAGCAAGAUUCUGGUGCCAAAAUUGUCCAAAACCACGAGGAUGAGCCUACAGUUGACGAUUGGAAAAGGGGCCCUACCCGGAAAAGGACUUGGGAGACAUCUACAAGGAAGGAUUGAAACGCCAAUGCUGAAGGACAAGAGAGACUGCUUCGGCUUAGGAUUUAAGCCGGAUGUGAAACAAAGGAGAAGAGAGUUGGAAAAGAAGCAAGAGAGAAGGAAAGUAGGGUUAACGGGGGAGGAAAUCAAGUGGGAACCAAUGAUAUUCCCCCAUAUAUCGAAAACAUUUGUGUCCGGGGGAAUCAUUCAUCCUGAGAGAGACACGCCAAUGACGGGAGCUAUAGAAGAAAGGCUAAAAAGCUUGGACAUCAACGUCAUGUAUGAAGAGGAGACUAGAAGAGAAACUUUUUCGGGCAUUUGCCCCUACACACCUGGAAGUGUUCUAGACAACUGGACUGCGAAAGAGAUUCCUAUAGUUUUUAGAACAGAUUCAGAGUAA